CUGGACACUUUGUUCUACUUAGACCUUGGUCCGCCCACGGCCAAUCGUAUCUCCGAUCUCGCAUGCGAAAGCUUCGUGCUGCUUUUCUCCACCGGCCUGCAUCGUGGAGAAAAGAGUCACUUACAGCCAGCUUGAAACUCUUCUUCGCACAUCGUAUACGUUUCAGUAUUGACCCCGUCAAUCAAUCGCCGUAUUCGUUCCUAUAUUGUCUCCGUUCGGAUAAAGGGACCUCUAAAAGCCUCUCAUUUUUCAGCCAAGCAGUCUGAAAGAAGCACUCAUCCUGCAACCACCAACCGCCGAAAGAAGAAGCUUACGAAACCGUCCGAUCUGCCCCCUUUCCUACAUCCGAAUUACACAAAUCACCUCCCAAAUGACCGUCCAGAACGCUGCGACAUACCUCGCGAAAAUUCGUGCGUACGCACCGCGUCAUUUCCAGAACGGCCCUAAGACCGUGUGGCACCAUUUACCCGUGAACCGCCGCUCGGCGGUCCUCUUGCUCCUCUUCCUCGGCUCGCAGGGCGAGCUCCGCGUGCUCCUCACCAAACGCUCGUCCAAGCUCAAAUCGUUCCCAGGGCAGAUAUCACUCCCGGGUGGCAAGGCGGAUACGGGGCUCGAAACCGCGUGGGAUGUCGCGCUCCGCGAGACAGAGGAAGAGAUCGGCAUCGCGCGCGACGCGCAGCGCCUUAUGGACGCAUAUGGGUGUCUGAUCGAACGGCUCGGCGAGUUGCCGUGCUACAUGUCACGUAACUUGCUCGCGGUGAGGCCAUGUGUGGGUUUCUUAUCGUGGCAGGCCCGCGACGGAGAAACCUCCGAGAGGGUGGCCGAAGAGCUUGCGUUGUCUUUGAACCCCGGCGAAUCAUCCUCCAUCUUCUCGGUGCCCGUGCGCGACAUCUAUCUCAGCUACCUUGCAGAGCAAGCCCCUGAAAAGCCGUUGGAGUGCCUCGGUAGCUCACGAAGUGUGUAUAAGUGGGCAGGCAUUCCUUGGUGCUUGAAGUCGUUUUUGUUCCCUAUAGAAAGCGCUCAUGAGCCUAAAUGGUUGAACAACGUAACAGACUUGCCCUCAGACGAGGAAGCAUUGUCUGACGACGAAAAACGGGCUAUCAGCUAUGGCAGAACUGGCUACAGGCGCAGCUCCAUCACCGGUGAUAUGAUCAAGGAUGUGUGGGGGCUCACUGCCAAUAUCUUACACGACUUGGCUGAGAUCAUGUACGCGUCGCUGGUCGACACCGAGAUAGGGGAGGAGGAGUUGAUUUACGCGUUACGUAACAGUGGUCAAUCCAUGGGCAAUGCUAAAGGCCGCACUCCAUGGGAAAAAAAGUUGAUCGAAGGUGACGAAAACGUCAGCUUCAAGGAUGUGUUGCCUGCAGAGGAGUUUGAGCGCUUGAAGAGGAUGUAUGCGUCCGCGAAAUUGUAGCAAAAUAGGUGGAAUAGAAUUAAUGCUAAGAAAUGUUUCGUGGAUUUUGGUAAAGAGAAACUAAAGUCUAGAAAAGCAAGCGAAAUAGGGGGAUUCACAUUCGGCAUUAUGAAUAUUGUCCAGGUGGGAAGGCUGUACGUGCAUUUUUGGUGCAUGCUAUCUUGACUUAGCCGAAGGUGCCAGUGUGUGGAUAAUUGUGUGCCUUCCUCGUGCUCUCGUUCUAUUUAGUCUCUGAUGGUGAUUUUAAAGCUAGAUAUUUUUAGUAUUUACUUCCGUUUGACCCCAAAUCGUCCCGUUCAGUGGAGGGACGUGAGCACUAGAGAGAUUACGGUUUACUCUACUUGUGCUACUCAAAAAUUUCUUAAGCAGGUCUAUCCAUGACAUGG